GUAAGUUGUUAAUCUUUCUGCAGUGUUCUACAAGGACCGCCUGAGGGAGACUACCUUGGAGUACAACUGUUCGGCAGUAAUGAGAAAACAAAGAAUACGAAUUUUUGAAUCAAAGGCUAUUGCACAUCUUUGCUUUGAUCCAAACACGGAUCGCCUAUCUGCUGUGCCCAACCCCACAACUAAUUUUACACAGGGUUGCUAUGUAAAUAACAUCUCAGGGUUUCGCUUUUUAGACACCAUUUUUGCUCGCCCAUAUUUGGUCAAAAUUACCACAACUGAUACGGCUUGUUUUUAGCAUGCGAAUAAACUGGUUGUGCGUUAAACACCGCGCGCAUUUACAGAGGAAAGAUAUAGGACAACUCAGCAGGUCCUUUCUAAUAUGUAUUAUUUAUUGGCUUGGCCAUGCUUUGUUGCCCUGUUACCAGUAUUACGAGAGUAUCAUACUCAAUUCUUCCGAUCCACAUGUGCUAUACAAUGAACUGGAGGACAGAUGAUAAAAUGGAAGCUGUAUAUCAGAAUAUUAUUGCUUUCGGUAAGUGUCAACCUAGUACAUUCGCGACAAAAACAAAUACUUCAUCUUGUAGUAGUUCGUCUGCGCACCUUCGUUUACUGUGAAGAAAUGAAUAUGAUGGUUUCAUGGCCAGAUGACGAGCAUAUUCAGACCUCACCGUACGAGCUUACAUUGGGGUUUCAUCACGUUGAUACCAAUACGGCUGGUCAAAGGCACGCAAUAGUUCUACGACCUUCAGGAGAUUACGUGUUCGGGGUUAUACAGGAAGGAACCCAGACGUUACCACCGCCGUACGACACAAACUGCCGAAACUACAGCGAUAUAAAGGUGUUUGAUGAUGGUUACUUCGUUAAGUGGAGCCGAGAUAUGUGUAAUGAAGACUGCAAGUUGCGUGUGGUCCGGCGCGUUUGUAACUGUAUUAUGUCCAAUUACGUCUAUCGUAACAAAAUCGGCGGACGUGUCUGCGACCGCAAUCAGACUAUUACAUGUGUUCAGGCCCACGCACGAGAAACGUAUUCGCGAAUCUGCCCUCGAGAAUGCACCGCAGCUUGCCGCGAAGAUACCUACAAAGCCACUCAAUCCAUUUGGAGACAAGUUAGUUCCGAAGACAAUGACCUAAAAUACGUCAACAUCAAGGUUAUCGUCACGUCCCGUCAGGUAGAUGUUCUUCAUUUCGUACCGCUACUCUCGUCAACCCAGAUUCUUGGCAUUAUCGGCGGUUACGUUGGCUUCUGGAUGGGGCUUUCAUUCUACAAAGUGGGAGCAGAGUGUGCCAAUUAUAUACUUGUUAUAGUCUAUCGAAUAUUUCGCGUUCAGGCCGUUAUGCGGUACCUUGUCGUGCACAGAUCAUUCAUGGCGUGCCUGCUAAUUUCAACUAUAAUCGCGUGUUCAAUGUCGUGUAUUAAGGAACUGUAUGAGUAUCGGCGAUUUCCUACAACCGUGUACUACUCGCAGGCGAACAUCAAGGGAUCAGCCUAUCCGGCAACCACCGUUUGUCUACUUGACGGCAUCAACUACAGUGACAUUUGCUCGACGUACCUUCGGCAGAACUGUACGAACAGGGAACCGAAUUUUGAGUCGAUGGUAGGCAACGACAUCCUGCUCAUGAAGUUUAUUAUCAAUUUUACCUACACCGCGGACGAAAUUGUCACCGAAUGCACAAUGGAAUCGCGUUCGGAUCUGUGCGAAUCAUUCGACUGCGUAACGCUGUGGAAUCGCACGUUCACAUAUGUCAAAACAGGCUCAUGUUAUACGUUUGACAUGACCUCUUUGCCGGACCACCCGUUCUGGAGGUGCAAGGAACAAUUCAAGUAUAAUCUUCGCUUCAGGGUCCACAGCUAUGGAGCAAAAGAUGGCGGCGGUGCCACGAUGACCGCUCUGGUUCAUGAACAGAAUCGAUACACGUCAGGCGUUAUUCACUCGUUCCGAUUCGAGCCUGGAAGAAAAUACUACCUCACCGUUUUUCAGCAUGACAUCGUCUCGUUGGCAAAACCUUACGAGUCGGGCUGCGUCGACUAUGAAAAAGAGGGCCUCAAUUCGUCGCUCUACGAAGGACAUAUCAUUCAAGAAGAAGAAUGUUGUGAGGCAUGUGUGGCCGCCACCUGGAUGAAGCAUUGUGGGUGCUUUUCGAAAAUGUACGCAGUCAAACAUCGGAGGCUCGGAAUCGUCUGCGACUACGUCACCCACUUGAAGUGCAUAGAUCGUAUGAUACAGAAUAAGUGGUUCGUUCGCUGCCAAGAACGCUGUACCCAAGGAUGCAAUGACAAGCGAUACCGGGGCCUGAUGCACCAGAUCGGCUAUCUCGAAACCGAAAACGGUGUCCCUAGUACGGACCACGCCGAGAUCAAUGUGUAUCUUGCUUCAACGAACGUAAAGCAGAUCACGAAUUUGGCGAAAAUCAAGUUUUCGGACUUUGUAUUCUACUUGAGUGGACACAUGACCAUGUGGCUUAAUCUGUCCUUGUUGGGAUCUGCUCCGGAUGCCAUCUUCUUUCUACUGCGUGUAAUAAAUCAGUACGUGCUUACCUUCUAAAGUGAACGAUGGCGACAAAACAGCGCCGCGCCUUCUGCAAACAGAUCACAAUAUUAGUGGUACGCAAUACCUGGUUUCUUUAAGCAGCAAAAUGAAAGGGGCUUUAAAAGUUGACCCCUUCUUGUUGCAAUGCACGAGAAAGCCAAGGUAACGGUCGGCAGUCUCGUUGCUGUAGGAGCAUAUGUUGCAUGCUUCCCACACAAUGGGCAGGUAGUAGGCUCUGUUUUGAGGAAAAUGUCUAUUGGCGUAGAAAUCAAUUAGGCGGCGUAAUUAGUAUUGAUUAACAGAGAGUAGUAAUCUCUACGGGCAAACAAAUAAAGAUAAGAUUUCCUUACCGAAUCGCUUCGUCACAUUCUUUCAUUCAGUAUAAGGCUUCAUUAGAUUACGUAUUUUAUAUAACAGAUAAUAGUUAUAAGGUUUUAUCGUUGGCUAAACUUGUAUCGUCUAUUGUUUUGUGAGACAGUCUCCAUUGACGAAAUAGGUCCUUGUCGCGUUUAUUCUACUCUCUUACAAUCGUGCCUCUCACAAAUUCAUUUGUCACUUCUCCCCAACGAAGCUAUACAUUGGUCACAAUUCUAAAAAUGUAUUUUUUCUUGUUCAUACGAAAUGACGAAACUUACUACAAUCGCUGUACACAAAUAUCACAUCCCAACAACAAGUUAUCGUUGCGUUAGUUAUCUUUACCAUUUUACCAUAGCACAUAGCACAUGAUCUUUCACAUAUUCGAGAAUCAUACCUCAGAUUUAGCGUAUGACCAGACGAAUUUGUUACGGGAAUUGCAUUAGCUAUUCAUCAACAAACAACUCAUCGGCCAUAACCAUAUCUGAUCCAUUUUUCUCCCGUCGGUUUCCAAGGCAAUCUAAUCUUCCCAGUCGCCAAACACGUUUCAUUGUUUUAUACAAACAAUUUUAUUUAGAAAUGAGACACACACACAUAUAGUCACAUAUAUCCCAAUAAGUUCAUGUAGCUGUAACAUGGUAUAUCCGUUAAAUUUGGUUCCGUUAAAUUUCUGCUUAUGACAAUAUAUAUAUAGAUGUACCAUAUCAUAAGUCUGUUUUAUGAAACCUGAAAGAGUUUAUAACUAUGGAAGCCUCCUGUGAAGGUUA